AUGGAAAUCAUUUUGUUGCAUAGUGCAGAACUGUUUUGUAGCAUGAUUCUUUAUUUGUUAUUGCAGGCCAAGGGUGGGGAUCUUGGUUUUCUUCGAGUAAAUCCAUCUUUUGUUGAAGAGAUCAGUAUAGAUGGUAAAACACCUGAGGUGUUGCUUGCAUAUAUGAAUGGUGAUCAUGAAUAUGUUAUUUUUGAUCCAUACUGCAAAGAUGCUCGUGAGGUUAGCAUGAGCCAACAGGCGAGCCUUUCUGCCCAUGAACUCAAAGGACAAGGCGGACUGUACGGGUAUGCAACCAUCUAUGGAGAGUUGCCGGAGUUUGACGAGAAGAGGCCCAAGACUCCCUGGGUUCCAUCAUUUCCAUCUGAGAGACCCUGGGAAACCAUAUUCAGUGGAUCAUCUCAUAAUCUUCCACCCCUCACCAAACUGUGCUCAUCUUUCCUCGAGUCUUUAUUGGAAAAGAGAACAGUUGCUGUCGAGUGACUGUAUAGGGCCAUUUAGUAACAUAUUUGUAUCCCCCUGAAACAUCACUAAUGGAGGAAGCUAUA